GCUUGCCGUGGACAAGCGUGGCUUUGCCCUGGCAGAGCUCGCUGCUUCGGGUAGGAUGCCCAAGCUGCUGAAGCGCGUGCUGCACACUUGGAAGGCCUCGCUUGCAGCACCCCGACGCCUUGGAAACGCGCUCGUCACGCCCACAGCCCAGCGCUUGGGUUGGGCCCUACGUCGUCUCUAUGCUCAAAGCGGACGCCAACGGCAGGCAGCUCUACGAACAGCUUGUAGCAGCUCGGCGCAACGCCGGCACC